AAAUUAUAUCAUUCCUAAUCAUCCCAAACUCAUUCUUUCUCACUCUAACUUUCUCUCUCCUCCCCUGUCUUUCCCAACAAUGUCGACCCCUGCAACUCCUCUGCUCAAAGAUGAGCUCGACAUUGUUAUUCCGACAAUCAGAAACCUCGAUUUCCUCGAAAUGUGGAGACCAUUUUUCCAACCAUAUCAUCUAAUCAUCGUACAAGAUGGUGAUCCGACAAAGAAGAUUCAUGUUCCUGAUGGUUUUGAUUAUGAACUCUAUAACAGAGAUGAUAUUAACAGGAUUUUAGGUCCUAAAGCUAAUUGUAUCUCUUUUAAGGAUUCUGCUUGUCGUUGUUUUGGCUACAUGGUUUCUAAGAAGAAGUACAUCUACACCAUUGAUGAUGAUUGCUUUGUUGCCAAGGACCCAUCCGGCAAUGAUAUCAAUGCUCUCGAGCAGCACAUUAGGAACCUUCUGUGCCCAUCAACACCUUACUUCUUCAACACUUUGUAUGACCCAUUCCGUGAUGGUGCUGACUUUGUCCGUGGAUACCCCUUCAGCCUGCGCGAGGGUGUUCCUACUGCUGUUUCCCAUGGUCUCUGGCUCAACAUCCCUGACUAUGAUGCACCCACCCAACUCGUUAAGCCCCUUGAGAGGAACAAAAGGUAUGUGGACACAGUUUUGACCAUCCCAAAGGGCACAUUGUUCCCCAUGUGUGGUAUGAACUUGGCUUUUGACCGUGAGCUCAUUGGCCCUGCCAUGUACUUUGGACUCAUGGGUGAUGGUCAGCCUAUUGGACGUUACGAUGAUAUGUGGGCUGGAUGGUGCACAAAGGUCAUCUGUGAUCACUUGGGAUUGGGAGUGAAGACUGGUCUUCCCUACAUCUACCACAGCAAGGCUAGCAACCCAUUUACCAACUUGAGGAAGGAGUACAAGGGCAUUUUCUGGCAAGAAGAGAUCAUCCCCUUCUUCCAAUCUGCCGUGAUUCCAAAGGAAUGCACCACUGUUCAGCAAUGCUACAAAGAGCUUGCUACUCAGGUCAAGGAUAAGCUAGCCAAGAUAGACCCCUACUUUGAGAAGCUUUCUGAUGCUAUGGUCACCUGGAUCGAUGCAUGGGACGAGCUCAACCCAGCUGAGACCAAGUUGCCUAACGUUGAUGCCAAGUAGAUCAACCAACAACUAUUCAGAUUAUACAUCAUUCUCCUAUUUUCCAAAACUCUAUUUUUAAGCAUCUGUUUUUUGAUUUGAGGUCGGAGUUAGGGGUAAUUUAUAUAGGUUAGCAGAGCAACUCUUAUAUUCCGCAUUUACUUUCAGCAAUUUUUUCUUUUGGCCUGUUAUGGUCAGCAGGCUCAUGCUGCUAUUCAGGACCGGUAAUAUAGAGGUAUUACAUUGGCUAUCUGCAGGCCAUGAGCUUUUAGAUCAAUAAAAAUUUUCACUUCCUUUUACUUCA